AUGGUGCGAUCGUGCUACGUGUGCAAAAUAAACUCAAAAAAUCCAGAAUCUGUUGAUAUAUCAUUCCAUUCCCAGAUGCCACCGAAACACAAAAAGUGGAACCCAAAUGACAUGAUAAAGGCCAUCGAAGCUGUAAAGAAUAAGGAGAUGGGUUAUUUGAAAGCCGCAAAAGUUUUUGGAGUACCUAAAGGGACCGUAGAAAGAUAUGUUAGAUCCGUUCUUUUAGUAUUAGAUGGUCAUUAUUCUCACACAAGGAACAUUGACCUGAUAGAUUUAGCAAAACAAAAUCAUGUGGCAAUAAUAUGUCUUCCACCACACUCAACAAACAAGAUGCAACCAUUAGAUGUCUCGUUUAUGUCACCAUUAAAGACUUUCUAUGCACAGGAAAUAGAGAAUUGGCUUCGAGAGAAUCAGCUAAGUACUGUUUCCCCAUAUGCAAUUUCUAGCAUUUUUUGCAAAGCUUACAAUCGAGCUGCUACAAUGGAAACCUCUUGUAAUGGAUUUCGGAAAACAGGACUGGUGCCUAUCAACAGAAAUAUUUUUAGAGAUUCCGAUUUUAGCGUUCAUCGGGUGGAAGAUCGGAUUGACACCGUAGAUCCCUGUGAAGUAGACCAUCAAGGUGAUGAUACAGCACAGCAAAUACAUGAGAAUGCGGCUACUUCUGCUGAUUUCACAGGUGAUAAUCUAGUGAAUCAAGAUGCAAGUACUUCUAUCGCAAACGAAAUUGCAAGCAUCACUAAUUUCGUAGACACUGUAGAAUUUAGAGUGCAACAACGAACACCUAGCCCGAAUUUAGAACAACAAAUACAAUUUAAAUUAGUCUCUCCAACCGAUAUUUGUCCUUUGCCCUCAUAUAAAAAACAAAAUACAGUGAGCAGAAGAUCAGGAAAGGCAGUAGUCAUUACUCACACGCCAUAUAAGAAAGAGUUGCAGGCAAGCUUAGAGAAAAGACAGAUGAAAGCAAUUCCCAAAAAAAAAUUGGAUGCUAAUUUAAACCAAAAUAGCAUAUCCACACAAAAUCAACCCUCCACAUCUGGAGCUAAUAGGUCAAUCAACCAGAACCAGCCUUCUACAUCUAGUGCUAAAAGGUCCAAAAGGAUUCGGAUACCUUCCCACUCCAGUUCAAGUUCAGAAUCUAGCGGAAGCCUUAAGUUGGAUGAUUUAUCCUCAGACGAAAGCGGUGGAAGCGAUGCUGAAUGCUUAUUUUGUACGGGUCGAUUUUCUGAAGAUAAGAAGGGCGAAAAAUGGGCCAAAUGCAGCCAUUGUAGUAGAUGGGCACAUGAAGAUUGUGGAGAGAUUGCCAAUAAAAUUUUCAUUUGCACUUUCUGUGAAGGGAAGGGGUUUUUCGAAUAGUAUCUUAAAUAAGGGUACCUAUCUCAAAUUUGGAUAACUAUCUAUCUCAAAUUAGGGAACCAGCUGUAAAUCUACAAAAAUGUUUACUUUUAUUUAAAUACACUUUUCGCCUGUAAAAGAAAACAUUUAUAGUUAUUUUUUUUAGUUUAGAGUAUGCUAGGAGCAUAAAAUCGCAAGUUUAUUUAAAUAUAUAACCUUGUUUAAAACAAAAAGUAUUUUAUUUUCCCUUCACAAAAAAGUAUCUCAAAUUUGGUUCCUCUCCUCUAAGCAUUUUCGUGACGAGGCUCUUAAAUAUGAUCUUGCUGGAAGAACGUUUUUGAAUGAUGGUGUUG